AUGGUUGGCACGGUUGGCGACACUCACAGCCGGCUCUUCCCUGUCACGCAACAUAAGUCUGGCUACCGCUUCCUCGUCGACACCGGUGCCGACAUCAGCAUUCUUUCCUCCACCUCUUCAGAGAAGCGGCACCGAGGAGCCGAGUAUAUACUGCAUGCUGUGAACACGUCCCGAAUCGCCACGUUUGGCCAGCGCUCGGCCACACACAACCUCGGUCUCCGGCGCGCCUUCCAUUGGAUUUUCACAGUUGCUGACCUGCGCUACGCAAUACCCGGCGCCGAUUUCGUCAAGCACUUCGACUUGAUGGUUGACGUCCGUCGCCACCGGCUCAUCGACAACACCAUCUCACUUCUUCGAUGUUCUCAUCCUCCUUCUGAGCACGUUGCCGAAACUUUCGUCUCACCAUCUCACUUCAAGUUCGGGGAGUCCCCUCUACCGUUGCCAUCGUACGCCAUCAGUCCCACGCUGCUCCUCCCCGCGACCUCGGUCUUUACGGUCGUACUCAACGAGUUCGUCUCGAUCACGAAGCCCACUCAUUCGGACCUACCCCCCAAGCGCACCGUCACGCAUCACAUUUUGACCCGUGGACCCACGGUAACAGCUCGUCCUCGCCUCCUACCUCUGAAGCGCCUCCUAAUUGCAAAGAAAGAAUUUCAACAUAUGCUGGACCUGGUCAUCACUCGACCAUCAUCGAGCCCUUGGUCGUCCGCGCUCCAUAUGGUGCCCAAGACUACUUCAGGGGAUUGGCGCCCUUGCGGUGAUUAUCGGUCUCUGAACAUUGCCGCCGUGCCCGACCGCAAGCCUCUGCUCCACAUACAGGAUUUCACUUCACAAGAUUCACAGGAUUUAAUUAAGGCCUCUCAUUAG